GAGAUAGAAGCAAUGGAUCCUCAAGAAUUCCAAGUUUUUCAUGAGCAAAUUAGCAACUAUGGCUUUCAAAGUUCUAUCAAUGAAAGCAACUACGAUCAUUUGAUCGAUCUUAUUAGAGGGGAAAAUGCAGAAGAACCCAUCCUCACCAAUUUCAAUCCAAAUUAUGAUGGCAGCAGCGAGCUUCUUAUGUUCAAUGGAGGAUUGGUUGAUAACCAGUUUGCUCCAGCUUCCAUGCUUGGAGACAUGUUUACUGAUUUUAAUUCCAUCAACAACUCAAAUCCCAACUCUACUUUCAAUUCCUUACCACCAUUUAGUGAAGAAGAUGAAAUAAUAAGGGAAGAGGAGGAGAACGAUAAUGAUGGCUACAAUUCCUCUGCAACUACAACUACAUCCACCAAGAACAACGUCGAUCGAUCGAGAACUUUGGUAUCUGAGAGGCGCCGGAGGGGACGUAUGAAGGAGAAGCUCUAUGCAUUACGUUCCUUGGUUCCUAACAUAACUAAGAUGGACAAGGCCUCCAUUGUUGGAGAUGCAGUGCAGUACGUGCAAGAGUUGCAGAUGGAAGCAAAAAAGCUAAAAACUGAGAUAUCAGGGCUAGAGUCAUCUCUAAAAGGAGGAGUAGAGAGACUUCAAGGGCUGGUUGAUAAGCCGAAGAAGAUCCCAGAUUUUGACAAGAACCAUCUAAGUUGCAGGAAGAUAGUUGAGAUGGAUGUGUUCCAAGUGGAGGAGAGAAGCUUCUAUGUGAGGUUGGCAUCCAUUAAGGGAGAAGGGGUGGCUGUAGCUCUUCACAAGGCCCUUGAAUCACUAACGUGCUUUGAUGUUCAAAACUCCAAUAUCAGUACCGUUUGUGACAAAUUGGUGUUGACAUGUUCCCUCAAUGUAAGAGAAUUUGGUGAGGAGAUGAACAUGUCGACGUUGAAGAUAUGGGUGACAGGAGCUCUCCUCAACCAGGGAUUUGAGUUCAAGACGCCAGUAUUAUAGCUCUUUCACACUACUCUCUAUCAUCUCAUCUCAAGCAACCAUGUCACUCAUCUUCAUGAUCAUGAAGCUACAGUUGUGGUCCAGAUAAUGGCUGCAAGAAGUCCUUCAGUCUUGAAGAUUCUUGAUUAUUAUUCUUUUUCUUUACUCUCUCUCUCUCUCUCUCUCUCUCUCUCUCUCUCUUUACUAUCCCUAAGGCUUGAUAGAUGCUCAUGAGAAGGAAGAUGACUUUGAGUAACGAUUAUUGUGAUUAUUGGGAAUACAAACUGGACUCUACCAUAGUCCUAAAAUAAAGGAGU